GGCGAUGUGACGUCAUAAAGCAGCGCCGCACUUCUGCGCCUGUUGUGUUUAACCUGAAGAAAGAAAAACUCCUGGUGAAGAACUGAGAUCCAUGUGACGUACUUUUAAGAUGGCGUUGAUUAAAGAGGAGAGUGAAGAUGUGAGGAUUGAAGCAGCAUUCAGAGUGAAACAUGAAGAGACUGAGGAACAAACAGACCUGAUGGCACUGAAAGAGGAGAGUCAAGAACUGAAUGAAAUGGAAGAGAAGGAUCAGUAUGAGGAACAUCAUGAUUUCAUUACUGGAGAAAAAUCAUUUAGUUGCUUACAGACUGAAAAGACUUCACGAGAAAGAGCUCAAAAGGCCACAAAUAUAAGUUAUUUCACCUGUCAGCAGUGUGGAAAAAGGUUCAACAGAAAAGCAAACCUUAAUUCUCACAUAAGAAUCCACACUGGAGAGAGGCCUUACACAUGCCCUCAAUGUGGAAUGAGUUUCACUCAAAAAGUAAUCCUUAACAGGCACAUCAGAAUUCACUCCGGAGAGAAACCUUUCACCUGCAAACUGUGUGGAAGCAGAUUCAUUCGAAAAGGAUGCCUUAAAAGCCACAUGAGAAUUCAUACUGGAGAGAAGCCUUUCGUCUGCAAACUCUGUGGAAAUAGUUUCAUUCGGAAAGGAAGUCUUGAAAGCCACAUGAGAAUUCAUACUGGAGAGAAGCCUUACACUUGCCCUCAAUGUGGAAGGAGUUUUACACACAAACCAACUUUUAUUGCCCACAUGAGAAUUCACACUGGAGAAAAGCCGUACAUAUGCCCUCAGUGUGGUAAGAGUUUCACUGAAAAGGGAAACCUUAAAAAACACAUGAGAGUUCACACUGGAGAGAAGCCUUUCACAUGCCAGCACUGUGGAAGUUGUUUCACUCAUAAAGGAAACCUUAAAAAACACGAGAACAUUCACACUGGAGAGAAGCCGUUUACAUGUGUUCAGUGUGGAAAGAGUUUCGGACAUAAAGUAACCCUUAAUUCCCACAUGAAGAUUCACAUUUAAAUGUUGUGACCAAUGUAAUAAAUACAUGUUUUGCCAUCAUUCAUGCAGAUACACCUGAAAAGUCAUGCUUAUGUGAGAAUUUUAGUACUUUAUGUGGAAAGUAAAAUAUUUAAUAAAAUAUUUGUGAAAUUAGGGUUAUGUUCAUGCCUCAACUGAAUUUGGGACAAAUCUGAUUCUCUGCCUUCAUGAUCACUUCUUUUAAACUUGACAGUCUCUCUUGCCACAGUUUCAAAAAUUGAGUGGUUGCGGUAGACGCCCUCUAAUUUUGAUUGUACGAAAGAGGGAAGGAGGGAAGGAGGAGAGGGAGAUCCUCCUGCAGGAAACACAUGGAGUUCUCUAUUUUACUAUAUUUGUCAGAAGAGACCUCAUAUAGUUCUGCUCUGAGGUGGAACAUGCUACAUCUAAGUUAUAUCUAAGAUUAAAGGGCUUGAGCUUUUGAUAAAUAAGAGGUCAUCAUACUAUAAGAAUAUCCUGUAAGUUUCAGAACUGAAAACUUCCUUGUUAGUCCAAUAAAAGCUUUUAUUGACACCAG